AUAGGUCUGCGCCAAAAUUCAAACUGCCUCGGUGAAAAAGACGGAAGUAGCGACUUUCUUUCACCUUCUCUCUCUCUCUCUCUCUCUCGAAAAUGAAGUUACGGUUUUACAACGGAGAGAUUUAAAAAAAAAAAACACCUGAGAACUGACCUAAUAUGAAGGUAUCCGGUUUGCUAUGAACAUGAUGAGGAAGAGUCCCAGAAGACCCAUAAUCCUCAAGAGGAGGAAACUUCCAUUUCAGAAAAAUGAAGCUGACAAGCCACAGAGCAAAUCUGCGACGGCGCCAGGAGCGCAGUCCUUUCCAGAUGGCAUUUGCAUCAUGGACCAUCCUACAACACCGGACACGCAAGUCGUGGUGAUCCCAAAAACUGCCGAUCUUCAGAGUGUCAUCAAUGUGCUAACUGCCAAAGGGAAGGAACACGGCCCACAGGGGCCAAACAAGUUUAUCUUGCUGAGCGGAAGCAACGGAUCGGAAGGUGGAGUCGAAACAAUUGGGCGUGCCGCAUCAGAGCGUGAAAACAACCUCCGACCUGCUGCAUGUGUAGCUGGAGAUGCCAAACCUCUCCUGACCAGCAGAUUGAAAAAUGAAGAAGACUGCAGUGUGUUAGAUAACAGCCCGACAAACAUCCAGUGGUUGGGGAGAAUGAGCACACACGCUGCUGGUGCUGAGCCAGUAAAGAAUGAUUCCAACAAAGAGAAUGUAGAGGGCUGUGUACCGCUCCAGGAGCACGCAGACGGAGAGGUGAGUGCAGUUAAGGGCCCUUUGUUCGAAAGACCACCUUAUUCCUACAUGGCCAUGAUCCAGUUUGCGAUCAACAGCAAGACGAAUAAGAAAAUGACCCUGAAGGAUAUCUAUAACUGGAUAGAGGACCAUUUCCCCUACUUCCGAAAUGUAGCUAAACCGGGUUGGAAGAACUCUAUUCGUCAUAACCUCUCCUUGCACGAUAUGUUCAUCCGAGAGAGCACAUCAGACGGCAAGAUCUCCUACUGGACCAUUAAGCCUGAGGCAAACCGCUGUCUCACUUUAGACCAGGUGUACAAGCCUGUGAUUGAUCCCGGGGCCCCCGCUUACCCACAAACCAUGCAAGUCUGUUACCAACAACAACAGAAGCAAGUUCUGCCUGAUCCUAAGAAAGCUACACCUUGCACUACAGAGAGGAAAAUGAAGCCUCUCCUGCCUCGGACGGACUCGUACCUCGUGCCCAUUCAGCUUCCUCUGACUCCUUCGCUCUUUCUACCCUCCACAGCAGCAGCAUUCUCUCUGUCUGCCCCUCAGCAGAGUACCAGUGCCUCCAGAACGGGAUACAAGAGGCUUUGCAUCGCUCCCAAGGUCCUGAAGAGUGAGUCGAGCUCCGUCAUGAUGUCUACCCCAGUCCCUGAAGUGAAGGAAGAGAGCACGUGCGUCCCCAUCAGUGGAGAAUCCUGCAGCAGCAAGCGGAACGAAACGAGCAGCUCGCGUCGUAAACAGCGUCUCGUCCCACCUUCCACCGAGGAGCCCGUCUUGCUCUUCCCAGACAGCACUUUCUUGGAUUCUGGUGUGGCCUCGGAUAGCUCUGUCUUCCAGGAAGUGGAGAUCGAAUCAGAACCCUGGUGUGACCUGCAGCUGGAAAAUGAAACUUCAAAAACGCCCAUUAAAGGGAGCCACCCGGCUUCAUCCACACCCAGCAGGGUGCUGGAGCCAUGGAGGGUCACGCCGCUGGGCAAAGGGAGCCGCAGCAUGCUGGAUUUCAGCCCGAUCCGUACACCUCAGCAGCAUGAACACAGCGGUUUGAGCUUCAGCAGCACACCCUUCAAAGAACUGCCUCUGUUCAAUUCACCCCGUGAGCUGCUCACUUCCUGUUCCCGUGAGCUGCAGACCGGCUCUCCUAACCGCUCACUCACCGAGGGCCUCGUACUGGACACCAUGAACGACAGCCUGAGUAAAAUCUUAGUGGACAUCAGCUUCUCAGGUCUGGAGGAUGAAGAUAUGGAAAUUGCUAACCUCAGCUGGUCCCAGUUUAUUCCUGAGCUGAAAUAAACCAGAUCCUGUCAACAUUUCAAGCUGCUCAGACGCUUUUCACUGCCUUUUUUUUUUUAAAUGCACAUUGUUAUAUCUGACUUUCUGAGCAUCAACACUGCUUUUUGUGCAACAGCCUGCCGAUCUGUUCUUCAUGUACAUUAUUAGUAUUUUUACUUUUUUUAAUCUGUAAGUAUUUAAGAGCAACGCUUGAGUAAGAUCGUCAUCCUGAAGCACGACGAUUCGGACGUGAGCACCAUUAGCCACACUUCAAAAAGGACACAUUCCACACAUGAUUUUCACUGCCUUUGCUUCCUCUCACUGCUUUUUUGUGUGUGUGUGUGUGUGUGUGUGUGUGUGUGUGUGUGUGUGAGAGAGAGAGAGAGAGAGACUCUGUCCUUUUACUGUGUGUAUGUCAGUUUAGAGUGUCAUGAUCACAUGAGUUCUGAAAGACAAAAGUCAGUAAUGCGGUGAGUGAGAAAGCAUCAAAGGAAUGUAUUUAAGAAUUGAUUGAUUUGCACAAUUUGCAGUGUGUGUGUGUGUGUGUGUGUGUGUGUGUGUUUUAAAAUGUGUAAAUGAGUACAUGGAUUGAAGAGAAUCCCCACGUUGACACUACUGCACUCAAACUUCUGAACCCAGUGCAUUGAUGAGAAUGAAAGACCUGUGAUUCAAGCUGAUGGUUUAUGUUUUUUGGGAAAAACACAGUGAAAUUAAUCUGUAAACUCAUCCUCUUUGUACGUAGCACAGAACUGAGCUCUAUAUUUUUAUGUUAGGACUUUAAUAAUCUUGUCUUGGCAUUUAGUUGAUCGUAUGCCAGCAGAUUACGACUGUAUUCAUGAUGAAGGAGUUAUAGUUUCUCUACGGAUGGGUGAUGCAACGUGAAACCGGUUUACAGUGAGACACAGUGCCACGGCAAACUGAUACGGUGCACAUUAUUUCAGUUUUAAUUCACAGAGCAGCAGAUGUAACAUGGUGUGCAGGAUCAUAUCUGACAUUGAGGUUUAAAUAAUAAUAAUAAUAAAUAUAUUUGUGCACAUCA